AUGUUUGACAAGUUACUAAAAGAUGCAGAUGAAGAAUUAUAUCCUGGAUGCAAGAAAUUCAGCAAGCCUUCUUUUCUAUUGCAACUUUACUAUCUAAAGCAAUUAUUCAAAUGGAGAAACGAGUCUUUUAAUGCGUUGCUAGGAUUAUUAAAGGAAGUAUUACCCGAUGGUGAGAAGUUACCUAGUUCUUAUUAUAAUACUAAAAAGAUGGUUAAGGGAUUGUGCUUGAAGUAUGAAAUGAUCCAUGCUUGUCCCAACGAUUAUAUGCAUUUUAGGAAUGAAUUGGCUAAUAAGAACAUCAACGAAUGCUCACAUCAUGAUGAACGCAAUAAAGAUGGGACUUUGCGACAUCUUACAGAUUCUGAAGCGUGGAAAAGUUUUGACAAUUCUCAUGAGAAAUUUUCUAAAUAUCCUCGUAAUAUUCGUUUAGGAUUAGCUGCUGAUGGAUUUAAUCCAUAUAGUAAAAUGCAAAGUAAACAUAGCACAUGGCCAGUGAUUUUAAUGCCAUAUAACCUUCCACCAUGGUUGUGCAUGAAGCAAGAGCUUUUUAUUUUGUCGUUACUCAUUCCUGGACCAAUAGUGCCUGGAAAUAAUAUUGAUGUUUUCUUGCAACCUUUGAUAGAAGAGUUAAAGGAAUUAUGGGAUGUUGGGGUGAAAACCUAUGAUGCCUUUGAUAAAAAGACAUUUAAUAUGAAAGCAGCAAUCAUGUGGACAAUAAAUGAUUUUCCAGCAUAUGGUAACUUAUCUGGUUGGUGCACUUAUGGUGAAUUUGCUUGCCCUUCUUGCAAUAUAAACACUUAUUCUAUAAGGCUCAAAAAAAGUCAAAAGUAUUGCUACAUGGAUCAUCGACGCUUCUUGAAGUCUAAUCAUAAAUAUCAAAAUGAUGCAAGAUCUUUCGAUGGGACUAAAGAAUCAAGAGUUGCGCCUGGCCCAAUAUCAGGGUCAUCAGUUUUGAAUCAAACUAGAGGCAUAAAUUUUUUCCUUGGUCCGGGUAAAAAGUCGAAAGAUAACUUGAAGGCUCGGUUGGACUUGAAAGAGAUGAAUAUAAGACCUAGCUUAUGGCCUCAACAGCAAGCUAAUGGAAAGACAUUUCUCCCUCCUUCUUAUUUCUCAAUGUCUUCUGCUGAAAAGAAGUUGUUUUAUGAAGUACUAGAAAAUGUUAAGCUUCCACAUGGCUAUGCAUCUAAUGUUUCUCAUUGCAUUCGAAAACAAAAAAUAUCAGAGCUAAAAUCUCAUGAUUGCCAUGUUAUAAUGCAAGAACUUCUUCCACUUGCUUUAUGA